AUGGAAGCUAGACGAGAAAAGGUGUAUGUUGCACUUGGGAAUGAGGUACAAGAUGGAUUUAAGACCUUGGAGUGGACAUUGAGGAGGUGGAAAUCUCAGUCUAUCUCCAUAGUCAUUCUCCAUGUAACCUACAGCAUUUCAGGGAAGGAUUAUGUUUACACCCCAUUUGGGAAGCUUCCUGCAGCUUCUGUAAGUGAUGAGAAAUUGAAAAUUCUCAGGAGGUAUGAACAAGAGAAGAUUGACAAAAUCCUUUCCAAGUAUAUAGCGUUCUGUGGCAAGGUUAAAACUGAAAUACUUAAAGUGGAGAAAUAUGAUGAAUCCAGUCAUAAACUCAUCCUAGACUUGAUUUCGGGACUUCACAUAACGAAAUUGGUUAUCGGAUUUGCAUUCAUCAAAUCAUCAUCUUGGAGACCGAAGACCGCAAUCAGUGUGGCAUUUUACAUCCACGAGCACAAGGCCGAGUCCUGUGAGCUAUUCAUAAUUUGUGGGGGAAAAGAGGUAUUUCUAAGAGGAGAAAAUGAUCAAAGAAUUAUGGAGGACGAUAAAGGAGUAAUGGUUGCAAAAACGAAAGACAAGGUCAGCUUCAAAUUUUUGACCGAAACGAUGUUCAUUGAAAAUCGUCACAGCUCAUUUGCUUCACCAACAAAAAAGGACUCAAUCAAUUUGCAAAAUUUGUGGGAAAAUUUUGUUCAAGAAAUUGAAGUCUACUACCAGCAGUUGUGUUCAGAUUUGGAUGCAGAAGAUUAUGAGCAGGGAAAUGGUACAGGUACUUCUCAGCUGCCUAGUCCAACAGAGCCCAUAAUGAUGCAAAUUAAUGGGAACCCUAAUAUGAGCCGUCCAGAAAAAUACGAGUCUCUUCGAAGAAAAAUAAGCGAAACUCGGGCGAGGAUACGACUGAAGAAGAAAGAAGCCAAGGAAAAUGCUAAUAGGCAUGCAAAAGCGGAACGGGCCAUUUGUUUAUGCGAGCGCCGGGCUCAAGAGUUAGGCGUUCAUAUUAAAGAAGAGGGUGACAACAGAAGAGAGUUGAAAAAAGACUUAGACACAGAAAAAGAACGACUCCAUGCAGAAGUUAAGGACAUCAAAGAAAGCAGGAACAAGAUAAGGUCACUCAUAGAGCUUCAAUCUGAGCUUUCACACAAGAUCCACAUUUGCAAAAUGGCGACGUCACAAGCGGAGGUCCAGCUGGAGAAUGAAGUGAUGAAACGUGCAGACAUGGUCAGAAAUAUUGAAGUACUCCGACGAGAAAGAGAUGUUUUUCGACGAAGGAUUGAAUUUUGUAGACAAAAGGAUGCCACAGAAACGGCAGAAGGGUUGAGUGAAUUGAGCUGCUGUCUCAGAGAGUACACAGAUGAGGAGAUCAAACUGGCCACCGACAAUUUUUCAGAGCGUUUUAGAUUGAAAUCAGGAAGUGAUUUGACCAGUGUUUAUAAAGGGCGUAUCAAUCAUGUCACACUAGCUAUCAAAGUUCUUAACUCAGCUAAUGGACUGUCCCAAGAAGAUUUUCAGGCUAAGGUGAAGCUCAUCAGCGACAUUAGACAUCCUCAUCUGCUUGCUAUGAUGGGCUACUGCUCCCAGCCAAACUGUACUGUCUUCGAAUACAUGCACAAUGGUAGCUUGCGGGACAUCUUAGUUUCCUCCCAUGAAAUAAAGAACCUCGCCCGGGACCUUCAGUGGCACGACCGCAUCCGCAUUGCGGCAGAGAUUUGCUCCGCAGUAUGCUACCUCCACAUGGCUCGGCCGAAACCCAUUGUUCAUGGUCACCUCAGCCCAUCCAACAUACUCCUCGACCGCAAUCUCGUGGUCAAGGUCAGUGGUUUAGGGCUCAACCAAUCCUUGUACGACGAAGGCCACAUUGUAUGGGACAUAAGGGCUUUUGGGAUUUUGAUUCUCAAUCUCCUAACUGGAAGGAACUGGGUUGAUGAGGAUAUGCUAAGGGACAAGGAAGGAUUAGUUCAAGUUUUAGAUGAGAAGGCUGGACAGUGGCCAUUGGAUUUGGCAGAGGAGCUUUUCAGUUUGGUGUUAAGGUGUUUAACCAUUACCAAUGGACCCAAUAGGGAUUUAACGAUGGUGAGAAUAAUGGAGGAGCUUGGUGAAAUCAGAAAAAGGGCCGAUGGUUUAGUAGCAAGAGGAGGAUUUGGCUUGAAUAUUAAGGGAAUUGUGCAUGGAGAGGUCACCAAUGAUGUCCCAAGUGUUUUCAUAUGCCCCAUAUUUCAGGAGGUAAUGAAGGAUCCACAUAUAGCGGCUGAUGGAUUUUCGUACGAGCAAGAAGCCAUUGGAAAAUGGUUGCGACUGGGGCACGAUACAUCGCCGAUGACAAAUUUGAAGUUUGAAAACAAGAUUUUAAUCCCUAAUCAUACCCUACGCUCUCUCACUCAAGAUUGGCAUUACAAAAGAUCAAUUCCAUAUCCAUAAUUGUGUUUUUAUUUUAGAAAUCCCAACGGACACGAUAUCUUUGUUGUCUUCAUUGUGCCUAUGUAGUUUGGGUCUCAGAUAAUGGU